AUGGAAAUGGCAUGUGUGAAUGAUGAUUGGGAACGCCAUAUGGUAAAUCCAUUGCUUCAGGACAUGAAUUGUGGAGACGAUGAGUACUUUAACACACAAGAUGUGAAAUGUUUGGAAGGUGUAAGGAAUGAUAAUAAAGUGAAAAAAAGCAUGAGCAAAAAUGUUUCUUAUUAUUCUUAUUUUAUAAUUAUGCUCCACAAUUCGCUGAUAACUCUUUUGACGACUUUUUCCAGCAACAAAAAGUGA